AUGAUCUACCCCUUCAUGUGUAUCCCCACAUCCCCCGCAUUCCUCGGAACAGCCCUCCUAGGCCUCGGCCUGGUCCGCCUCUUCGCCCCCAAACAAGCCUACAGACUCUUCGGUCUCCCACUGCGCCCGUCAAGAUCUCCAUCGCCGUUUAUUUUUGCUAAUGCCGGUCGUGAUAUUGCGCUUGGUGUGGCGUUUAUUUUGCUGGGAUUGCAGAGGAAUUUUGAGGGUGUUAGGGCGGUUUUGGUUGGGACUUUGAUUGCGGCGCAAGUUGAUGCGUUUACUGUUUUCAAGUAUGGGGGCGAGGAGUUUGGGGGGUGGAGUGGGAAGUGGUAUGGGCAUUCGCUUGGUGGGUUGAUUUUGGGGUUCAUUGCUUGGAAGGGAUGGGGGCUUUGA